CAUACGCUGUAUAAAUAUGGGAUCUCUCCCCCUGUGGAUCACACACUUGCCCAAUCGCGCCGCGCAACAUUCUGAUGGGUCAUUUGAAUUCAGCGAUCCUCACUGGGUAUGUGGUACAGUACAGUAGGUAGUUGUAGUGAAGGGUCUGUGCGUAAGUGUGCAUGUGUGUGUGUGUAUGUGUGUGUGUAUGUGCGUGUGUGAGUGUGAGUGAAUGUGCACUCCUAGAAUAGAAAGCCAAAGCAAGGAGAAGAAGGAGACGAAGAGAGGCGGGAUCGGUUUGUGCGUUGUUGAAAUCCAGGGUGAAGCAAAUAGAUCGUCUGUAUAACAGAUCGAUCAGCAGUUCGCGCUCCCUUUGUGGAUUUGAUGGAUGUUUGAUCAGUGGAUGUGAUGCCCAUAUAUAUCAUCGACCGAAAAUUUCCCGACACAUCUGGUGAGUUGAUACAGCCUGCAGCUGAAGGAAGAGACCUGAGAAUGACAGAGACCAGCCCCCCCAAGUCGGCUAAGAAGCCCCGCUGGACCUCCCUGGAGAUCGGCCUCAUUACAAUCGUCUCAUUGCUCUUCAUUGUCAUUGUCGCCCUCGUCAUCCUCUUUGCCACUCAGAAGACUGAUGAAAUCUGCACCACGGCUGACUGCACACAGUCAGCAUCCCGUCUUAUUGAGAACAUGGAUGCUAGCGUGGACCCAUGUGAUAAUUUCUACCAGUAUGCCUGUGGAGGCUGGCUUAAAAAGAACAUAAUCCCAGAGACCACCUCUAGAUACAGCACCUUUGACAUCUUACGAGACGAAUUGGAGGUCAUCCUCAAAGGUGUCCUUGAAAAAACAGUGGACAGGGAAGCCAUUGCUCUCACCAAGGCUAAGACCCUCUACAAGUCAUGUACCAAUGAGAGUUUAAUUGAGCUAAGAGGAGGGUCUCCUUUGCUUGCCAUGCUGCCUGAUGUGUUUGAGUGGCCCAUAGCUCUGGACAACUGGGACACUGUCUAUGGUGGAACAUGGAGGUUUGAGGACGUAGUUGCUAAGCUGAAUGAGAAAUAUGGAACUCAACUCUUGGUUAACUUUUUUGUCGGCACUGAUGACAGGGACUCCAAUUCACACAUCAUUCAUUUUGACCAGCAGACCAGCCUUGGCCUCUUGUCCAGAGAUUACUAUGCCUGUACUGGACCCUACGCAGAGGCAUGUCGAGCCUACAAGCAGUUCAUGAUUGACCUGGCUAAGCUUAUCCGCACCGACCGAGGAUUGGCCAUAAAUGAGACCCGCAUCAGAGAGGAGGUGACACGAGUUAUGGACCUGGAGAGGGACAUAGCCAAUGCUACUGAUACUCCAGAGGACCGUAACAACCCAGUCUUACUUUACAACAAGAUGGAAUUGGGUGAUUUGAAAGCCAACUUCACCCUUGAGGUUGAAUCACAGGUAUUUAACUGGAGUUACUUCACAGCUAAGAUAAUGGAUACAGUCAACAUCACUGUUCCUGACACAGAGAAGGUCAUAAACUACUCCCCCAACUAUUACAGAAGACUCAACCUGAUCUUGGCCAGAUACACCAAGAGGGAUCUGCAGAACUACAUGGUGUGGCGCUUUGCUAUGAACAUGGUGGUGGGCCUGAGCAGGACAUACAGAGACACCAGGAAAGCCUUCCGCAAGGCUCUGUCAGGUACAACGUCAGAGGCAGCAGUGUGGCGACAAUGUGCAGUUUACGUCAACAACAACAUGGACAAUGCUGUAGGACGACUGUAUGUGCAAGAAGCCUUCUCCGAAAAGAGCAAAGAACUGAUGGAAGAGAUGAUUAAAGAUAUCCGGGAAGUGUUCAUUAGUAACCUUGAUGACCUGGCCUGGAUGGAUGUGGAGACCAAGAAAGCAGCUGAGGAGAAGGCCCGAGCUAUUCGGGAACGAAUCGGCUAUUCUGACAACAUCAGGGAUGACAAAUAUCUUAACAAUGAGUACAAAGAUCUGAGCUACAGUGCAGAGGAGUACUUUGAAAACAUCCUACAGAACCUGGAGUAUGUGCAGAAGAAACGCCUGCGGAAACUCAGAGUCAAAGUCAACAAAGAGGAGUGGGUAACUGGAGCUGCUGUUGUCAACGCUUUCUACUCAUCCAGCAAAAACCAAAUAGUGUUCCCUGCAGGUAUCCUCCAGCCCCCAUUCUUCAGUAAAGGCCAGGCUAAAUCUCUCAACUAUGGUGGCAUUGGCAUGGUCAUUGGUCACGAGGUCACACAUGGCUUUGAUGACAAUGGUCGUAACUAUGAUAAGGAUGGUGACCUGAAGGACUGGUGGACACCAGACUCUACUCAAAGGUUUCUGGAGCUGUCAAAGUGCAUUGUGGAUCAGUACAGCAACUUCUCCUGGGACCUGGCCAAUGGACUUCAUUUAAAUGGCAACAACACCCUUGGGGAGAACAUUGCUGACAAUGGAGGGAUACGACAGGCAUAUCAGGCCUACAGGAACUAUGUGAAGGAACAUGGAGAGGAGCCACCACUGCCUGGAAUUGACCUUUCCCAUAAUCAACUCUUCUUCCUCAACUUUGCUCAGGUAUGGUGUGGAACACACCGACCAGAACAAGCUGUUAAUUCCAUCAAAGUAGAUGUACACAGUCCAGGGAAAUUCAGGGUACUAGGUUCCCUUCAAAAUUUCCCAGAAUUUGCCAAAGCAUUCAGCUGCAACAAGAGCAACUACAUGGUCCCUGACAACAUCUGCCGUGUGUGGUGAUCCACAGACUUCUGGGAUGCCAAUGUGGGUCGUCCCUGUCCCCUACAGUACCUCUCCCCUCUGACUGUUGGAGCACUCGUGAGGGGCUAAAGGGAAGUGGAAGCUCCCCUUAGCUCUUUACUGGAUGGACCAGGGCUGGUGGACUGACACUGCAGUAUGCUUUCCUCCGAGAACAGCAGUGGACUGUACCCUCACGGACAGACGGAGCACCGUCUCUCCGACUCUGAUACUGUAGUUAAUUCAAUCAGCCUGAUUAUUCUGCUUCUCACUGGAUACAAUCACUCCUUCUGGUUUUUUUCUCUCUCAAUUUCCAUCUUGUUUUACUCAUUAUUUGUGAGUCUGCCAAUGUGUAUAUGUGAGUGUGUGUGCGUGUGUUUCAGUCAAAAUACUGUACAAAUUGUUGGCAAGAGAGGAGCAGACAGACAAAUGUGCUUAAACCCACUGGCAUAUGAAUACUCCACACACCCACUCACACUCAUACACAUGUAACAGGGCUGAACCACUGUACUGUAUGUGGGACUGAACUGUAUGCCUCUCAUAAAACCUCAGCUGGUUUCAGCCUUCAUCUACAUGCUGAUACACUUUACAAUGUAUUCGAAAUGUACUCUUUGUUAAUACAUAUUACUAGAUUAGGUAAAUUAUUACAGAAAAUCAGAAUCUAUUUUGUUGAAUAGACCAGUAUGUAUUUAACCGUGAUCACAUAUUACACAAUACUGUUCUAUAUUUAAUGUUAAUGACUCAACUGCAGCUGACAGGCGGCUGCUGAUCAUUAGCAGUAUGUCAAAUAAACCAAAAUGAAGUUUUUGCCUUUAAGAUUACAACUGGUCAAGAAUCAUUGAGCUGACAAUCGACAGACGCCAGACCCUUUUUAUACGUUCACUGAGCCUCCUGUGUGUUUCUGUGAGGAUGUAUGUCUCUUAAGUGUAUUCCAAUCAUUGUAAGUCAUUAUGAUCACUGCCUACUGUUUGUCAAGCAAAUCAGUAUGCCUUACAUGAUCUGUUGUGAUACUGUGUGUGAGAGUGUGUAUGUGUAUGCACAAUAGAACAAAUAAUAUUAAAAUUUAACAUUAGGGAAUAGUUCGACAUUUUGGGAAAUGCACUUUCUUUUUGAGAGUUAGAUGAGAAGUUGAACACCACUCUCACGUCUGUACGGAAAAUAUGAAGCCAUAGCCAAGAGAAGUUAGCUGUGCUAAGCACAAAGAUUGGAAACUGGGGGAAACAAUUAAAGCUCACUAAUUAACACAUAAUAUCUUGUUUUUUAAUUCAUAUAAAAACCAAGGUGCUAAAAUGACAGUUCUUGGCUGGGACAAUGCAUCUCCACUGGUUGUAAAGUUUUUGUACAGCAAACAAAUGAGAUAUAACAUUUUAAUUGGUGAGCUUUGGAGGUUGUGGUUGGUCGAUUUUGUAACCUUUGUACUGAGUCAUACUAUUGCCUGGUAUUCCCAGCAUUAAUGCUAAGCUAAGCUAACUGGCAGCUGGCUGUAGCUUCAUAUUUAAUAGAUAGGUGAGAGAGUGGUUGUGAGUUUGAUUCAGUUAAUUAUUGGUUUAUUCACGUGAAGUGCACCGUAUUAGCCGUCCCUUGUUUGAAUGAUUACUUUACACACUGAGGCAAAAGUCAAAUGACACAUUAUAAUAUUAUCAUCAUGCUUUUGAAGGAAUGUUUAUCUUGUCUAUUUUAAACUGUAGGCUGAGUCUUUGCUUUACCUAAUGAACGUUUCAUAGUGCAUUUAUUUCUCUGAAUGCAGUAGUUAAAGGUUGUAUCAAGUCAGUGGAUCCCAAUUUAGGAUUCAUUGUUUUGUAUGGCUUUAUUUUCUACAUUAAAAUGUAAUUGAGGCUGUGAUACAAGGUAAUUAAUUUAUGAAAAAAUGACUUUGCCUUUUAUAUAGAAAUUAGUGCAAUGGAUGAUGUGCCAUGAUCAUGUAUACCACUUCCUCAGAUUGUACAACACUGUCCAUAUCUUACCUGUACACAUUGUUGUUUCCCUGUGUUUUGUUUGAUCAUUGUUUGUGCAAUCUUCAUCUCUCUCUGUCACUAUCACUCCCUCAGGCUGUCUUUCUUUCUGCCUCUCUUUCUCACACACUCCACCUGUAGGAAGACAGAUAUACCUCAGUUGCCUGUAUUUAGAUACUUUAUAAAAAUGACUGAUAAUCUUCUUGAGGAGCAUUUUUUUCCUUUCAAAAUAAAUCUUUAAAUAACA